AUGGCGACAACCAAUGACUCGGGGUUGAAUCUCCAGAACGCUUUGGCGAGCAGCACUUCACCCUAUCUUAGAGGCCACCGGGACAAUCCCGUAGCAUGGCAGGACUGGAAUCCAGAUACAUUGGCACUUGCCAAGACUCAUCAGCGCAUGAUCUUCCUCAGCAUUGGGUAUAAUGCGUGUCACUGGUGCCAUGUGAUGGAGCGAGAGUCGUUCUGUUCUCGAGAAGUUGCCGGCCUCCUCAACUCACAUUUCAUUCCCAUCAAGGUGGACCGAGAAUCACGCCCGGACCUGGAUGAGAUCUAUAUGAGCUACGUUACAGCGACAACAGGCUCGGGUGGAUGGCCGCUGAAUGUCUUUCUGACCCCUGAUUUACAACCUGUGUUCGGUGGUACCUACUGGCCUGGGCCGCGGUCUGAAACUCCCGUCCCCAAAGCAUCUAGCGAGGAGCAACCGCCAACUUUUGUGGACAUCUUGCGCAAGAUGAAGGAUGUUUGGGCAACGCAGAAGGAGCGGUGCCUACAAUCUGCAGCCGACAUCACGAGCCAACUCCAGGCCUUUGCAGAAGAGGGCACACAUUCGGGCUCUGAGGCAUCAGUCAAGACAUCUGAUAGCGAUCCUCCAGAGCCCUUGGAUCUCGACUUGAUUGACGAUGCAUUGGAGCACUUUGUCACGCGAUAUGAUUCCGUCAAUGGUGGCUUCACCUCCAAUCCAAACGGUCCCAAGUUCCCUACCCCCGUUACACUCACUUUCCUUUUGAGAGUUGGUGCUUCUAUAACUUCCACGCACACCCGCUUUGGCUUCCCAACACCACUUCCCGGCAUUAUUGGCAAGGAAUCAUGCACCAAGGCCGCCUCAAUGGUCUUGCACACGCUGAUGGCCAUGUCUCGUUCGGCCCUGCGGGAUCAGCUGGGCCAUGGCUUCCAUCGAUAUUCAGUCACCGCAGAUUGGAAUCUUCCCCACUUUGAGAAGAUGCUCUACGACAAUGCCCAGCUAUUGAACUGCUAUUGCGACGCAUGGGCGCUGGGUCGGGAUCCAGAGAUCCUUGGCACAAUAUACAGCCUAGUCGAGUACUUCACAAGCCCGGAUUCUCCUAUCGUCAGGUCUGAAGGUGGCUGGCAUGCCAGUGAAGAUGCCGACUCGAUCCCGACCAUGCCGACAGCAGACGGUGCUGCGCAUGCCAAGAAGGAAGGCGCAUUCUACGUCUGGACUCUCAAAAGAUUCGAGCAACUUCUGGGCGAGCGCGACGCCAGCAUCCUCGCCCGUCACUUCGGUGUCAAGCCUGACGGCAACGUGCCUGCCUCGCUCGAUAUGCAUGACGAAUUCCUCUCGCAGAAUGUCCUUCACAUCGCGGCGACACCUUCGAAGCUAUCGCAGGAAUUCGGCUUGCCUGAAGAAGAGAUCGUCAAGAUCAUCAAGUCCGGUAGAAAGAAGCUCGCCGAAUAUCGAAACACCGCAAGACCCAAGCCAGAAGUCGACACCAAGUUCAUCACAUCCUGGAACGCACUCGCCAUUGCGGCGCUUGCGAAUGCGGCAUACACGCUCGGCAGAAUCGACAAAGAGCGGUCGAAGCGGUGCCGCGAUGCCGCGACUAAGGCUCUUGCUUUCAUCAAAGCAAAUCUUUACGACGAGGGCAGUGGUCACUUGACUCGCGUCUACGACCCCCAAGACAAGAACAAUACCGCCUUCUUGGACGACUACGCCUACUUGGUCGAAGCACUCCUCUGGACCUACGACCUGACCUUCGAAGACUCGUACCGCAAGUGGGCCGGCCAAUUGCAAGGGCACAUUGCGACUCAUUUCGCCGCUCCCUCCGGCGCCUUCUACCAGGCUGCUUCCUCCCCAGAUCAGGUCAUCCGCCUCAAGCCCGGAACCGACAGCACGCUCCCCUCGCCCAACGGCGUCAUCGCCAACCAGGCACUGUAUCUCUCCUCCUACUUCCCCGACGAGCAGAACGAGUAUGUCGCGCAAGCCCGCAACGUCAUGAAUGCCUUCGCCGUCGAAGUCAUCCAGCACCCCUUCCUCUUCACCAACAUGCUUGCUGCGGUCGUGAUCGAUCAGGUCGGCGUCAAGGGCCUUUUGGUGCCCAAGGACACCUCGGACAAGGAGGUCUCCAAGCUCAAGGGCUUUGGCAGGACGGUGGUCAAGGCGGAUGUCAAGUCCGUCAUGCUGUGUGAGAAGGAGGGCAGGUGUCGAGAGCUCAGGGAGGGCGAGCUGCAGGAAUGGGAUGGUUUGGACUUUGGCGAGGAAGCGGCCAAGCAGGAGUGA